AAACAAAUUCCACGUACUCACAAAUCCACCUCUCGUUCACUUCUACACAGUCGACGCUUUCUCUUUCCUCCCCAAAAGUUUCGAUCGACAGAGAGAGAGAGAGAGGGAGAGAUUGUAAAAAUGGAGAGUGCUCUGUUAUGCGCUUCUUCACGCCUCGUUUCCUCACCAUGUUAUGAAAGAGCAGGCACUUUUCUCAGGGCUUAUCCAAGCUCGUUCAGUGGCGAAUUGCUUCGAAAAAAUGUGCCUACGCCGAGGAUUAAUGGAGCUGCUCCGACAAGGCGCGCCCUCAUUUCUUGUGUGCUUGGAAUGAAGCUUAAGAAACAAACAAUCAUUCCCGACCCUGAUUACAGGAUUCCCAUUGUACUUUUUGGAAUAGCCGGUGGUUGUCUUUAUGUGGAUAAUUUAGCAGCCGGAGUCCCAAUUGGCCUUCUUGGCCUACUUCUGUUAGUUCAGACAACAAGAGUUCGAUUUGUCUUUGACAAGGAGGCCCUGGAGGUAAAAGUUGGAGACCAACUUCAGGAAUCCGGUGAAAAUGUUUUUGUGGGUGGGAAAAAUCGCUGGAAGUAAGUGAAGCUUUUAUAAUAAUCAAGCCUGUCAUCUUAUACAACAACUAGCUCUCUCUCUCUCUCUCCAUUAAAUAUAAUUUAUCAGAUAUUCAACAUUCGUAAACUGGGAGCUCUGGUGGCCUACUUUCCCAAUCUUAGUUUAUUUUAAGGAGACACAGACGAAACCUGAGGGACAAAUUCACCUUUUCCCAGUAAUAUUCAAUGGGAAACAACUCUAUGAUGUUAUGGUGGAAAGAUGUGGUCCUUCAAAAACUAGCGGGCCAAAAUAAUAAUAUGCCAAAUUUUCGAGGGGAAUGAAUGGUGUGUCUGACAAGAAUAUGUACUAAGGUAUGAAGGUUCUAAGGCUCCUAGAUUUCCAGUUCUCUUCUCCGCUAUAUGUAUGGUCUGAGGUCAUACACAGUAUUACAAUGGUUUUAAAAUUGAAAUCAUCGGUUUUAAAGUUGACCACUGCUGGAGAUUUCCACAAGGUUUUCUGAUGUGAUACCUAUGCUCGCCUUCCUUGUUUUAUUGUGUAUACGAUGUAUUUGGUAGGGAAGUGAAUUAUGUAGUCAACCAUCUGUACGAUACUGCAUCUUAGGGGAAUAUAUAAGCAUGCGAUUGAAAAAAGAAAAAGAAUUGUGAUUUCUGGUGUUUAUCUUAACAACUGUCUGUUUUUGUUGUGAACAAGUUUAACUCAGUUAGGCCCCAUGAACCCGCCCCUCUUCGUAAGGUGAGAUGUAUUUUGGUUUAUUCUUUUCGAGUUAAAAUGUUGUGACAUCAGUAGCAGGCGCCAGCCAGGCGGUGACAAUAUGGGAUUUGAUUUGCACAAAAUUGGAAGUCAUGUCUUAGAUUACAAAGUUGAAACGUUGUGCUUAAAUUGUAAUUGCUGUUGGUUAUAAAAUGAAGGCUUUUGGGUAGUACAUACAAUGUGAAGGCUGGAUUGUGGGGUUUUG